AUGACCGGAUUUCAUUGGACCCAUCGAGCCGAUGCCUUAUUUAUCUGGGUUGCUGGUGGCGUAUGGCGUCAUGAAAACCGAAUAAGGGAAGGGAAGUUUAUGAUUACUCAAAAACAUUUGUUUGAUCGAGUUGGGGACUUUUUGGAUGCUUUGAAUAAAUUCGAGCCUUUUGACAAGGGAAGGGAUGAUUUCAACAUGGAAUCGAUCCGAAUGCAUGUCUAUAAUAAGAAAAUACAUUGGAAGCAGCCUCAGUGGGUCGAAAGGCCCCCCUGGCUCUCAGAGGACGCCUUGAAAGGCCAGUUCGGCGAGGUAGGUCUCGAGGCUUUGCAUGAAUCUACCUCGCGUCUUCGUCAUACUGCUGGGAGCGAUACUGCUGAGUGGCGUGAAAGGGUCCAAAACGGUGAAAGAACCUUGCAAGAUCAGGAAAUAUUGGCAGCUCAGGGCAAGAAACUUCCUGGGAGAAGAACAAAGGCAAGACCUCAAAAGAGAGAGCAGGGUAAAGCUCAAGCGCCGGAUGAAGCUCAGAAGAUAAGAUUUUGGAGGGAGCAAGAAGAAAAAAUACGGGAGCAAGAAUUCAGAAGGGGGGUCAAGAAACUAGGUUAUACGAAAGAUGCAGAGUCCUCUGGAGAUUUGUCUUGGACAGACCCUAAUGCUUCCGGUUUCCAUUACCAAAACCCUGAACCUGAUUCAUACGGUGGUGCUUUCAGGCCUGGAGUGAAAGAUGGCUAUCUUACUCCUCCUCUUCGACUAAAGACAACGUCGACGGUUCGAAGAUAG